AUGCAGUCCUUCGGAGAUGUUCUUGAUGAUUGUGGGUUUGUCGACUUGGGGUAUUCUGGACCUGAGUUCACUUGGCAUGGUCGUCGACAUAGUGAAUGGAUUUGGGAGCGUCUAGACCAAGGGGUGGCAAACUAUGAUUGGUUAGCUCAUUUUCCGAUGGGUAGAAUCACUCAUUUGAACUGCUACACAUCGGAUCAUAGACCAUUAUUAUUAGCUCUUGAUCCAAACGGGGAAAAACAGAAGUGGAAGCGAAAGCCAUUCCGGUUCGAAGCUAUGUGGGUCACUAAUCCGGAAUGUGGGAAUACGGUCUCUAGAGUUUGGUCACAUCAGUGUGCAAAUGGUACUCCUAUGUUCACCGUGGCUAGUAAGUUGAAGAGGUGCAAAAAAACAUUUAAAGAAGUGGAGCAAGGCACAUUUCGGCAAUGUUAA